GAAGAUCAUUCUUUACGCUAAAAAGGUGGGACAUUCUCCGGAUUGGGGGAUGUUGCUGAGGGGCGUCAUGAGAUCUGCUCCUGAUCAGGGUCUUCAGUUCGCACAGAUGCUUGUUCAGGAUGAAGAGCCGCUGGUCGGCAUCAGCCAGGUGGUGGACGUGUUCAUGGAGGGGAAUCUAGUACAACAGUGUACUUCGUUCUUAUUGGACGCUCUGAAGAGCAACAGGCCGGAGGAGGGGCCUCUACAGACACGCCUCCUGGAGAUGAACCUCGUUCACGCCCCUCAGGUAGCUGAUGCCAUUCUGGAUAAUCAGAUGUUCACACACUACGAUCGAGCACACAUCGCUCAACUGUGUGAGAACGCUGGUUUACUGCAGAGAGCGCUGGAACACUACAGCGACCCGCACGACAUCAAACGAGCCAUCGUACACACACACCUGCUCAACCCUGAGUGGCUGGUGAAUUUCUUCGGCUCUCUGUCUGUGGGCGACUCUGUUGAGUGUUUAAGGGCGAUGUUGGCGUCAAACCUCAGACAGAAUCUACAGCACUGUGUUCAGAUAGCGAGCAGGUAUCACGAGCAGCUGGGAACUCAGACGCUGGUGGAGCUUUUUGAGUCCUUCAAGAGUAAUGAAGGUCUGUUUUAUUUUCUGGGCUCCAUCGUGAACUUCAGUCAAGAUCCUGAUGUUCAUCUGAAGUACAUUCAGGCUGCGUGCAGGACCGGUCAGAUUAAAGAAGUGGAGCGGAUCUGUAGAGAGAGCAGCUGCUAUAACGCUGAACACGUCAAGAACUUUCUCAAGGAAGCCAAACUGACGGACCAGCUGCCUCUCAUCAUCGUGUGCGAUCGCUUUCAUUUCGUCCAUGAUCUGGUGUUGUACCUGUACCGCAGCAAUCUGCAGAAGUACAUCGAGAUCUACGUUCAGAAGGUGAAUCCCAGUCGUCUGCCGGUGGUGGUUGGUGGUCUGUUGGAUGUGGAUUGCUCAGAAGACACCAUUAAGAGUUUGAUUGAGGCGGUACGUGGAGAUUUCAGCACCGAUCAGCUCGUGGAAGAGGUUGAGAAACGAAACAGACUGAAGCUGCUCUUUUCCUGGCUGGAAUCCCGCGUGCAGGACGGAUGUGAAGAAGCGGCUACCCAUAAUGCCUUAGCAAAGAUCUACAUCGACAGUAACAACAGUCCAGAGCGCUUUCUCAGAGAGAACCCACACUACGACAGCGUCACGGUGGGACGUUACUGCGAGAAGAGAGAUCCUCAUCUCGCCUUCGUGGCUUAUGAGAGAGGCCAGUGUGACCUGGAGCUCAUACAGGUCUGCAAUGAAAACUCUCUGUUUAAAAGUGAAUCGCGGUAUCUGGUGAGACGGAAGGAUCCAGAUCUGUGGGCCCGAGUUUUACAGGAGACCAACCCUUACAGACGACCUCUGAUAGACCAGGUGGUACAGACGGCUCUACCCGAGACGCAGGAUGCAGAGGAGUUAUCUGUGACGGUGAAAGUGUUUAUGACGGCCGAUCUGCCCAAUGAACUCGUAGAACUUCUAGAAAAAAUUGUGCUGGACAACUCCAUAUUCAGUGAACACAGAAACCUGCAGAAUCUGCUGAUAUUGACAGCCAUUAAAGCGGACCGCACGCGGGUCAUGGAGUACAUCAACCGUCUGGACAAUUACGAUGCCCCUGACAUCGCCAACAUCGCCAUUAGCAACGAACUGUACGAAGAAGCCUUCUCCAUCUUUAAGAAGUUUGAUGUCAACACCUCCGCCAUACAGGUUCUGAUCGAGCACAUUGGGAAUCUGGAGCGUGCGUAUGAGUUUGCCGAGCGCUGCGGGGACGGGGCGGUGUGGAGUCGUCUCGCUCAGGCUCAUCUUCACAGAGGUCUGGUGAAAGAAGCCAUCGACUCUUACAUCAAAGCAGGAGACGCGUCUGCGUACAUGGAGGUGAUCGACGCGGCCGGUAGAAACGGCAGCUGGGAGGAUCUGGUGAACUUUCUUCAAAUGGCCAGAAAGAAAGCGAGAGAGUCUUAUUUAGACACCGAGCUCAUCUUCGCUCUGGCCAAAACAAAGCGUCUCACAGAGAUGGAAGAUUUCAUCAACGGACCCAAUAACGCUCACAUACAACAAGUUGGUGAGAGAUGUUAUGAAGAGAAGAUGUUUGAAGCGGCGCGGCUGCUCUUUAAUAACGUGUCUAAUUUUGCUCGUCUGGCGUCCACGCUGGUUCACCUCGGCGAGUUUCAGGCGGCCGUGGACAGCGCACGUAAAGCCAGCUGCACACGCACGUGGAAAGAGGUGUGUUUUGCGUGUGUAGAUGGAGAGGAAUUCCGGUUGGCGCAGGUCUCCGGUCUUCACAUAGUGACUCACGCUGAUGAACUGGAAGAACUGAUCAGCUACUAUCAGGAUCGUGGGUAUUUUGAGGAUCUGAUGGUGUUGUUGGAGGGUGCGCUAGGACUGGAGCGCGCUCACAUGGGCAUGUUCACAGAGCUGGCGAUCCUCUACUCCAAAUACAAACCUCAGAGGAUGAGAGAACAUCUGGAGCUCUUCUGGUCCAGAGUCAACAUCCCAAAGGUGUUACGAGCGGCGGAACAGGCCCAUCUGUGGGCGGAGCUUGUGUUUCUGCAUGAUAAAUAUGAAGAGUAUGACAACGCCAUUGUGAUGAUGAUGAGUCACCCUACAGACGCCUGGAGAGACGCCACAUUUAAAGAGCUCAUCGUCAAGGUGGCAAAUGUGGAACUUUAUUAUAAAUCUCUGCCGUUUUAUUUGGACUUUAAACCCCUUCUGCUCAACGAUCUGCUGUCUGUUCUGACACCUCGACUGGACCACACCAGAACCGUCAGCUUCUUCAGCAGGGUGAAUCAGCUGAGGUUGGUUAAGCCGUAUCUGAGAUCAGUGCAGAACCACAAUAACAGAACUGUGAAUGAAGCGCUUAACAACCUGCUGACAGAUGAAGAGGACUAUCAGGGUCUGCGAGCCUCUCUAGACGCGUAUGAUAACGUUGACAGUAUUGCUUUAGCUCAGCGUCUGGAGUCACAUGAUCUGCUGGAGUUCAGACGCAUCGCUGCAUAUCUCUACAAGAGAAACCAGCGCUGGACUCAAAGCAUUCAGCUCUGCAAGAGAGACAAACUGGAUAAGGAUGCCAUGCGGUACGCUGCUGAGUCGCAGGACGGCGCUCUGGCUCAGGAUCUCUUGCGCUGGUUUGUUGAGGAGGGGAAGCGGGAGUGUUUCGCCGCUUGCCUCUUCACCUGUUAUGAUCUUCUGGCUCCUGAUGUUGUUGUGGAGCUGGCCUGGAGACACGGCCUCGUAGACUUCACCAUGCCUUACUUCAUUCAGGUGAUGAGAGAGUACCUGAGGAAGGUGGAUGAGUUAGCCAGACAAGUGAAGGUGGAUGAACUUCAGCAAGGAGAAACCAAGAGAGUUUCAGAAGAUGACGUCCCUGAAGCCACGUCCAUAGUGUUGGGGCAACAGUCGAUGGUGACCAGCAAUCAAUCACCCGUCGCACCUCAGUCGGGUUUCCCGGGUUACGGAUACUCUGCUCCUGGAUUUGUUCCUCCAGCAUACGGCUUCAACCUUCAGCCUUGAUGUG